CUCUUUUGACUUAUUUCUCUCUCUCUCUCUCUCUCUCUCUCUCUCUCUCUCUCUAACGUCUUCCUUCUUCUUCUUCUUUUUACUUCCCUUUUCUCUUCUCACUCAAACAAACAACCACUAUGUCUCCUUCAAUUUCUCUCUCUGCUAUAUUUCUCAUCCUCCUCCUCCUUCAAUCUCCUCUCCCAUCUCUCUCAACAAACUCCGAAGGAAACGCUUUACACGCUUUGAGAACCAGGCUUUCUGAUCCCAACAACGUUCUUCAAAGCUGGGACCCAACUCUUGUUAACUCAUGCACUUGGUUCCAUGUUACCUGCGACUCCAACAACCACGUUAUUCGCCUAGACUUGGGUAAUUCUAACAUCUCUGGUUCUUUGGGACCUGAACUAGCUCAAUUAACUCAUCUUCAAUACUUGGAGUUAUAUAAUAAUAAUAUUAAUGGAAAAAUUCCUGAGGAACUUGGUAAUUUGAAGAAUCUGAUAAGUAUGGAUUUGUAUAAUAAUAAAUUUGAAGGGAAUAUCCCAAAGUCAUUUAGCAACUUGAAGGCAAUUAAAUUCCUGAGGUUAAACAACAAUAAGCUCACAGGACCUAUCCCAAGAGAACUUACUCAUCUUAAAAAUCUCAAAAUUCUUGAUGUUUCUAAUAAUAACCUCUGUGGAACAAUACCAGUAGAUGGCAACUUUGGAUCUUUCCCAGCAGAAAGUUUUGAAAAUAACGCACUCAACGGCCCAGAACUGAAAGGACUGGUUCCUUAUGACUUUGGAUGCUAAGAAAGAUCGAAGAAUUCAACGAGUGGCCUCCUCAGAUUGCUAUGAAGAGGCUUCUUUACACGGGUAGUUAGUACUAUCAGAGAUGUAUGAUUGCUACAAAAUGAACCUAAGAGACACAUGUAUGUCAAAAUAUAUGUAAUAGUAGUAAAUAAGAUGAUAUUAGCAUCCGUCUCUCUGGUUCUAGGCUGCAUAGCAAGACUAGGAUCAUGUUGAUUUCAAGUAAACGUCUUUCUAGUAAUUUAUUCGUUUUUAUAUAUAUAGUGGUUUGAUGCCUAA